GAGAGCCAAAAUGGCGACCUCCUUGGUGAAAGAGGUGGCAAAGCAGGAGCUUCCUCCAAAGGGUGGUUAUCCUGCCAUUGUGUACGCUAGGAAUAUACCAACUAGAGGCCCCUCUGGUAUAGCAUUAUUUCUUGGCGGAGCAGCCGUGAUGGCGUACGGAUUUUAUCGUGUUAUCAUGGGGAACCGUAAACGAUGUGAACUAAGGAAAGAGCAAAUGGAAGCAAGGAUUGGAUUUCUCCCCCUGUUACAAGCAGAACACGACAGAAAUUGUUUAAGGCUGUUGAAAGAAAAUGAAGAGCUUGAAGCCCAGAUUAUGAAAGAUGUUCCUGACUGGAAAGUUGGUGAGAGCAUAUACCACACAGAAAAAUGGGUUACACCCAUGCCCAUUCAAGUUGAAAAGCUUUAACAUAGCAUUCUUAUAUUUGGAUGUACUUGUGUAAAAGUUUCUUUGUAUGUACUCUAACUUUGGCGCGUGUUAUUUUUAUAGUCAAUGAUGAAUCUGUGACAUGUUGUGAAGGAAUGUUUUUAGAUCAGGUUUUAAGAGAGAUGUAGGUCCAUUAACUUUCUGCUCAGUUCAUUUGUUGUGAGUUAAGAGAGUCUUGGGGGUGAAUAAUCUAAACUGCUGUUUACAUGCUCUUGUGAAAAUUCUCAGAUUGUCUGUUGCAAUUACAUAUAAGUUAUCACAGUAAAGUUGAAAUUGCAAGUGACUAUUCAAAUAAUAGAGGUAUGGUUUUUCUUUGUAGUUGCCUUGAAAUUUGCCUGAUCGGAAAUAAAUGUUGUUCACGACCACAA